CAAGUGAUGGAGCUGAUCCUCCUCAUUGGGAAAAAAAAAAAAAAUCUACCUCCAACUUGGGAUUCAAUAAAAGGGAGUUAGAGGAAUGCAAUAAUAAACUGAUCACACUACAUCUCAGUGAUUUCACAGAGAGAGAGAGAGAUGAGGUUUCUCCCGCCUUCGUUGCUUCUGCUUCUUCUAUCCACUGCCCCUUUGGGCUUCACUGAGCAGACUGCAACUGAAGAGUAUAGCAGAGAUGACUUCCCCUCUGAGUUCGUUUUUGGAGCAGGGACCUCAGCUUAUCAGUAUGAGGGAGCAGUAGCAGAGGAUGGAAGGAGUCCAAGCAUUUGGGAUACUUUCACACAUGCAGAGUUCUACUUGUUUAAUAUGACAGGGAACAUGGCAGAUAAAAGCACAGGUGAUGUGGCUUCUGAUGGAUACCACAAAUAUAAGGAAGAUGUCAAGCUCAUGAGUGAUCUAGGAUUGGAAGCCUACAAAUUUUCCAUUUCCUGGUCAAGGAUUCUUCCAAAUGGGAGAGGAGCUGUCAAUCCAAAAGGACUCAAGUACUACAAUGAUCUUAUCAAUGAGCUAAUUGAACACGGAAUUCAACCACAUAUCACUCUCUACCAUCUAGAUCUUCCCCAGGUCCUUGAAGACGAGUAUGAAGGAUGGCUGAGCACUAAGAUUAUAGAUGAUUUCGAAGAAUAUGCAGAUGCGUGCUUCAGAGAAUUUGGUGACAGGGUUUCUCACUGGACUACGAUCGCUGAACCCAAUGUAAUAGGACAGGCAUCCUACGACAAUGGACUUUUUCCGCCAGGGAGAUGUUCUUAUCCAUUUGGAGUUUAUAAUUGCUCAAAUGGCAAUUCUACAGUAGAGCCUUAUAUCGCAGUCCACAAUAUCCUCUUAGCUCAUGCAAAAGUUGUCAACCUAUAUAGAACCAAAUACCAAGCGAUGCAAAGUGGUUCAGUUGGGCUGAAUGUCUAUACCAUUUGGUUAUCUCCUUUUUCAAAUUCAUCUGCUGAUAUCCAGGCAACUCAAAGGGUAAUAGAUUUUAUGGUUGGCUGGGUUAUGAACCCGCUAGUCUUUGGAGAUUACCCGGAGAUCAUGAAGAAGAAUGCUGGUCAGCGGCUUCCAUCUUUCACCAAAGAAGAAUCAAAACAAGUGAAGGGUUCAUUUGACUUCAUCGGACUGAACCACUAUACAUCAGCAUAUGUCAAGGAUAGCCCCAGUGAUCAAAUGUCUGACCUUCGCGACUUCACCGCAGAUAUGUUCAGCAUAAUCACAGUUUCUAAGAAUGAAACACCAGCUGGUCAGUACGUCCCAACUAGCAUAAACAGUGAUCCACCUGGGCUUCGAAAGAUGCUGGGAUAUUUAAAACAUGAGUAUGGAAAUCCACCUAUUUACAUCCAAGAGAACGGUUAUGGCUUGGGUGUCAAGGAUACCCUCAAUGACACAGAUCGGGUUGACUACCUGGAUGGAUUUAUAAGAAGCAUGCUACAGGCUAUCGGGGAUGGAUCAAAUGUGAGAGGGUACUUUGUAUGGUCCUUCUUAGAUGUUUUUGAAUUUUUGAGUGGAUAUGAAUCAAGCUUUGGGCUGUACGAUGUGGAUUUUGACGAUAUAGAGCGCAAGAGGCAACCAAAGCUCUCUGCACAUUGGUAUUCCAACUUCCUUACGAAGAAGAAGAAGAAGAAUGAUAUCCACAUACGGAGGAGUGGUCUGCAGGGAAUGUAUCUUCAGCAGUGAUAGGCAUAGCAGGAGAAUAGGAAAUCAUUUGAUUUUGCAGCUUGUUAUUCUGGAUGCAUAUAAAUGAUUGUUCUAUUUGAUUAUGUCAUCGAUUGUAUAAGUGCUUUUAUCUGACAUAUGUCUAUUUCGUGUUUU